ACUAAAAGUUUAGUAAGAAACUCACUUUUUUUUUUCAAAAAAAUAUUUUCCGUAAACAACAGUUUCCCUCCUACAAAACAUACCCUAAAUGUAAUAGCAUAUGUAAGUAACUAGUGGUUGAAGUAUAUUAAUACACACCACAAGUGACUUAUAAAUAACAGAAAUAAUUUUUUUUAAUGAUUUAUCAAAAACAGUAAAAAAUAAUAAUUAAAAAGUGCAUGGAUAAAAAUACUUUGUGGAAGGCUAAAAAUGUUAUAUCCAUAUGAAGGAGGAUAAAAAGCAGCAAAUCAUGCUUUAUCAAUCAACUAAACUUAGAACUUCUCUAUUUAUAGAUCUCCUACUUAUAAUAUAUUAGAAACCAAGUUUGAAAAAAAACAAACAAUUUUUUUCCUAAAUAAUUACCAUAUACUUUCUUAAAGAUCAAAACAUUUAAGAUGGCAAGUGCUCAAUUCAAUGCUGGUGAAUCUCAUGGCCAAGCUCAGGCCAAAACUGAGCAGUGGAUAGAUUCAGCCCAAAGUGUGGCAAAUUCUGCAAUUGACAAGGCUGAAAAUGCUACCCAAAGAGCAAGUGAGUCAGUUCAACAAAACAAUGACCACAAUGCUGGAUUUCUUCAGCAGAAAGGAGAGCAAAUGAUACAUAUGGCUCAAGGUGCAAUUGAUGGUGUGAAGAACACUCUUGGAAUAGGAUCAGACAAGAAGUAAAUUAUAAAGAGGAAUUAAACAUAAGUUUUAAUUACCUUUUAAUAUACAGAUUCAUAA